AUGUCUUCCCAUAGCAGCAAUGGUGUGCGAGACAAGGCUAACGCCGCGGCGCGUCUGCAGAAGGAGUUGAUGGAGCUGGUGCUGGCCGACGUGGACGGCAUCUCAGCCUUCCCGCACAACGACGACCUCUUCCACUGGAUUGCCACCAUCCGGGGUGUAGAGCGGACCCCAUACGAGGGGCUCGAAUACCGGCUUUCCCUCAGCUUCCCGCCGAAUUACCCUUACGCGGCGCCCUCCGUCAGUUUCCUAACCCCGUGCUUCCACCCCAAUGUAGAUGUGCAUGGGGCGAUUUGUCUGGACAUCCUCAAGGAGCGUUGGUCGGCCGCGUACACGGCGGGGGCUGUCCUGCUCUCCAUCCAGGCCCUAUUGGAUAAUCCCAACAACCAGUCCCCGCUCAACGCACAGGCCGCUCAGAUGUGGGGGCAGCCUGAGGACUACCGACGGGCCGUCCUCGCGACCCACGAGACCGGCUCCGCCUACCACGGCGUCCCGUAA